CUCAGCAGGAUGUCGGUGAAGGAGGGCGCCCAGCGCAAGUGGGCGGCGCUGAAGGAGAAGCUCAGCCCGCAGGACUCGGACCCCACCGAGGCCAACCUGGAGAGCGCCGACCCCGAGCUGUGCAUCCGGCUGCUGCAGGUGCCGUCGGUGGUCAACUACUCGGGGCUGCGCAAGCGCCUGGAGAGCAGUGAUGGCGCCUGGAUGGUGCAGUUCCUGGAGCAGAGCGGCCUGGACCUGCUGCUCGAGGCCCUGGCGCGCCUCUCGGGCCGCGGGGUGGCGCGCAUCGCCGACGCCCUGCUGCAGCUCACGUGCAUCAGCUGCGUGCGCGCCGUCAUGAACUCGCAGCCCGGCAUCCGCUACAUCCUCAGCAACCAGGCCUACGUGCGCCAGCUCUCCCAGGCUCUGGACACGUCCAACGUGAUGGUCAAGAAGCAAGUGUUCGAGCUCCUGGCCGCCCUGUGCAUCUACUCUCCGGAGGGUCACGCCCUGGCCCUGGACGCCCUGGACCACUACAAGACGGUGUGCAGCCAACAGUACCGCUUCAGCGUCAUCAUGAACGAGCUGGCCGACACGGACAACGUGCCCUACGUGGUCACCCUGCUCAGCGUCAUCAACGCCAUCAUCCUGGGCCCCGAGGACCUCCGCACCCGCACGCAACUGCGGGGCGAGUUUGUGGGUCUGCAGCUGCUGGACCUCCUGAGCCGGCUGCGGAACCUGGAGGACGCCGACCUGCUCAUCCAGCUGGAGGCCUUCGAGGAGGCCAAGACGGAGGACGAGGAGGAGCUGCUGCGCGUGAGCGGGGGCGUGGACAUGAGCAGCCACCAGGCCGUGUUCGCCAGCCUCUUCCACAAGGUGAGCUGCUCGCCCGUGUCGGCGCAGCUGCUGGCGCUGCUGCAGGGCCUCCUGCACCUGGAGCCCGGCCUGCGCUCCGGCCAGCUGCUGUGGGAGGCGCUCGAGGGCCUGGUGAGCCGGGCCGUGCUCCUGGCCAGCGACGCCCAGGAGUGCUCCCUGGAGGAGGUGGUCGAGCGGCUCCUCCCGGCCAAGAUGCGGCCUCCCCCCGGCUCCCUGGACAGGGCGCACAAGAGCGUCCAGGCCGACAUGGGCCAGAGUCGGAGGGGCAGCAGCCGGAGGCCCAGUGAUGCCCCCGAGGCCGAGGCGGAAGGACUGCGGCCUCCGGAGCCCCCGAGCCUCGGCGGCCUGGAGUCGGCCCCGCCCCCGCCCGCGCCCCCCCUCCCCGCGCCCCCGCCGCCGCCCCCGCCGCCGCCCCCGCUGCCCGGCCUGGGGGCCGCCUUCCCCCCAGGCCUCCCGCCGCCGCCGCCGCCGCCCCCGCUCCCCGGGGUGCAGGGCCCACCCCCGCCCCCCCCACCCCCACUGCCUGGUCUGGCCGGGGGCCCGCCGCCGCCCCCGCCUCUGCCCGGCGUCGCGGGGGUCGGCGUGGAGGAGGUGGUCGUGGCACAGGUGGACCACAGCCUGGGCUCGGCCAGGGUCCCCAGCCACCGGCGCGUGCAGCCGCCCACGCUGCGCAUGAAGAAACUCAACUGGCAGAAGCUGCCGUCCCACGUGGCCCACGAGAGCAGCUCCAUGUGGGCAGCGCUGACCAGCGCGGACGCCGCGGGGCCCGAGCCCGACCUGUCCAGCCUCGAGCGCCUCUUCUCCUUCCCGGCCGCCAAGCCCAAGGAGCCCACUGCAGUGGCCGCCCGCAGGGAGCCCAAGGAGAUCACCUUUCUGGACUCCAAGAAGAGCCUGAACCUCAACAUCUUCCUGAAGCAGUUUAAGUGCUCCAACGAGGAAAUCGUGGACAUGAUCCGGGCCGGGGACACCACCAAGUUCGACGUGGAGAAUCUCAAGCAGCUUCUCAAGCUCCUGCCGGAGAAGCACGAGAUUGAGAACCUGCGCACCUUCACGGAGGAGAAGAGCCGACUGGCCAGCGCCGACCAGUUCUACCUGCUGCUGCUGGGCAUUCCCGGCUACGCGCUGCGGGUCCAGUGUCUGCUGCUGUGUGAGGGCACGGCCGUGCUGCUCGCCAUGGUGCGGCCCAAGGCCCAGCUGGUACUCGCCGCCUGCCACGGUCUGCUCAGCAGCCAGCAGCUGCCCGUCUUCUGCCAGCUGAUCCUGAAAAUUGGGAACUUCCUGAACUACGGCAGCCACACGGGGAACGCCGACGGCUUCAAGAUGAACACCCUGCUCAAGCUCACAGAGACCAAGUCCCAGCAGAGCCGCGUGACAUUAUUGCACCACGUGCUGGAGGAAGUGGAGAAGAGUCAUCCGGAUCUCCUGCAACUGCCGCAGGAACUGGAGCAGCCCUCCCAGGCAGCAGGGAUCAACCUGGAUGUCCUCCACACCGAGGUGACCUCCACCCUGCAGAAGCUGGAGGAGAUGGCCAGGAGGGUGUGCGCGGCCGAGCCCGAGGUGCAGCAGCAGUACGGCCAGCGCCUGCAGGCCUGCAUCGAGGCCUCGCGGGAGGUAGAGGAGCUGUUCCAGGCCAUCGAGCAGCAGAAGCUGGCCCUGGCCGCCUACCUGUGCGAGGACCCGCAGCAGCUGUCCCUGGAAGCCACUUUCAGCACCAUGAAGGCGUUCCGGGACCUCUUCAUCAGCGCCCUGAAGGAGAACAAGGACCGGAAGGAGCAGGCGGCCAAGGCGGAGCGGAGGAAGCGACAGCUGGCGGAAGAGGAGGCGCGGCGGCCGCCGGGCGAGCAGGGGAAGCCUGGCAGGAGGGCCGCGCAGCAGGAGGAAGUCUGCGUCAUCGACGCGCUGCUGGCCGACAUCCGGAAGGGCUUCCAGCUGCGCAAGACCAGCCGUGGGCGCGGAGACCCAGAGGGUAGCAGCAAGGCAGCCUCGGCCGAGCCCCCAAGAGCCAGGGAUCCUGCAGCCCCUGACGACUCUGCGGGGGCCCUCAGGACAGACCCCAGCAGCACCCCCACCUCGGAGCCUGGUCCACAGGCGGCGGCGGCCAGGGAGGCCCAGGGCAGGGACCCUGUGGACACCCGCGCAGGAGCCCCGGGAGAGGAGAGCCGCCCCUGUACCCCGCAGAGACGCUCGUCCUGGUACAUGGACGCCCGUGAAUUUCCUCUGCCUGAAGACCUCCAGGACCCCCCGCCCUGUGCUGGGACCGGGACGGAGCCCAGCACGCAGCCGGGCGCCUGCCAGGCUGAGGCGGACAGCACAGUCCCUGGCGAGGGGAACCUGGAUGAGGACACAGGCCCUGACUCCGCACUCGACACGUCGCUGGACAGGUCUUUGUCUGAGGACGCCGUGACCGACUCCUCGGGGUCCGGCACCCUCCCUCGGGCUCGGGCCCGGGCCUCGAAGGGCACAGGCCGACGAAGGAAGAAGCGGCCCCCGAGAGGCCAGGAAGAGGCGGCCCCCGACCCUGCCGGUAGGGCAGGCAGGCUGUGCGCGGUGCAGUGAGGCCCCAGGCCCCAGGCCAAAGCCAAGUGAGGCCUCGCCGAAGCCCGACUCCUCUGUGCCUUACCCAGCCAGCGCGGCCCCUGGAGCCUUUGGGGGGGCCGCCAGGACCCUGGAUGUGGCUGGGCCGCCCACCCGCACCUCCCAGCCUGCUUUCCCGUGCCCGCCCUGCAUGCGCCCGUCACCCGCACAGGAGCAGCCCACCCCAGGAACGCGCCCCUCCGGCUCUCACUGCCCUUCCAGGGCCUCUGCUCAGCUGGCCUGGGGCAGAGUGGCUCGCUCGGAAGGGCCAGUGCGGAGGCGCGUCUGCCGGGAGCCUGCCGGGUGGGCGCGGGGCCAGGGCGGGCCAGCACCGCUGCUGAAGACGGGGCACCCCGGAUGCCCACCCUUUGCCCACACACGGCCUGCCUGCCCCCCAC